CUUUGAUAUUACAUCAUUUGUUUACUCACUCUAAAUUUUCUCUCUUAAAAUGAAUUCUAAUUUCUCAAAUUAUUUCGAUGCUUCUUCUUCCUCUUCUGGUGAUGAUGGAAAUCAAGAAAUGAUCGAUAAUCUUGACCAAGCAGAAAAAGCGAUACAUCUUGCUAUCGAAAAUAACAAUACGAUAAUACAAUACCUUCUUGAUCAACAAAGCAACCAGGUGAUUCAUGGAGGCUCAGUUCCUGGACGUUCUUUUAUCCACCGCGAUCGGGAAAGUGCUCAUUGUAGAUUGUUCAACGAUUAUUUCUCGGAGAACCCUAACUACAAUGACGCCAUGUUUCGUGGGAGAUAUCGUAUGUCUCGUUCUUUAUUUCUCCGUAUUGUUAACGCAGUGGAAGAUCAUGACAAUUACUUCAAAUUACGAAGGGAUACAACUGGUAGAUUUGGUUUAUCAUCUCUUCAGAAAGUAACAGCUGUCUUUCGGAUGCUAGCUUAUGGUUUAUCCGCUGAUGCAACAGACGAAUACAUAAAAAUUGGUGAAUCAACAGCAAUUGAAAGCAUGAAAAGAUUUUGCCGAGCUAUAGUGGAGAUAUUCUCAGAGGAGUACUUACGAUCACCAACACAUGCCGAUGUUUCAAGACUUUUGCACAUUGGUGAAAGGCGAGGUUUUCCCGGAAUGCUAGGUAGCUUAGACUGUAUGCAUUGGAAAUGGAAAAAUUGUCCUACCGCUUGGGCUGGACAAUAUGCAGACCGUAGUGGAUCACCAACUAUAAUUCUUGAAGCUGUUGCGGAUUAUGAUCUUUGGAUAUGGCAUGCAUAUUUUGGGAUGCCAGGUAGCAACAAUGAUAUCAACGUCUUGGAGUCUUCUCUUCUUUUCUCCAAUCUUGCUCAAGGUAUUGCACCUCCUGCUCAUUUUAUCAUUCAAGAAAACAAUUAUAGUAUGGGCUAUUAUUUGGCCGAUGGUAUAUAUCCAAAAUGGUCUACCAUAGUACAAACUAUUCAUGAGCCAAUAGGUCCAAAAAAGCAAUAUUUUGCUACGCAACAAGAAGCAUGUCGGAAAGAUGUGGAACGUGCAUUUGGAGUUCUCCAAUCACGUUUUGCAAUUGUGAAAAGACCAGUUUGGUUUUAGAAAAAAGAUGUGAUACAUGAUAUAAUGACUACAUGUAUUAUUUUACAUAAUAUGAUAAUUGAGGAUGAGCGUGAUCUCGAAGCACCAAUUGAAGUCAAUAGAGAAGUUCCACCUACGGAGGUUGAUACCGAAGAUAAUGAUCAUAUUCGUUUCCAAGAGUUUUUGGCGCGAUUUAGAAGAAUUAAAGAUAAAGAUGCUCAUUUCGCACUUCGUAACGAUUUAAUUGAUCAUUUGUGGGAAAGAUAUAUGGCUGGUGCUUCUUUAUAAAAUCUAGUAUUGUUGUUCUAUAUUAUGUGUAAUAAUUUUAUAUGAUAAUGUUGAAUCUAUAACAAUUAUGUUGGAUUAUUGUUAAAACAAAA